AUGAAACUCGAAGAUGAUGUUCCAGAGUCGGUCAUGGUGAUGAUUCUGGCGAGAUUACCAAUCAGGUCUAUUUCGAGAUUCAAAUCAGUGUGUAGCCAAUGGAAAUUGCUCUUUGAAUCUUCCUAUUUCCGUAAUCUCUACCGAUCCUUGAACAAGAGGAAUUUGUCCUCUCCAUGGUCGUAUCUAAGCAUUCAAUCAAAAGGUCAUGUGAUCGAAUGUUUUGGAGAGAGAUGGGGACUUGCGGAGUCAACAGGUACUUCUCUCUCACGUUUACUCGAUCACAUGAAGGAAGGAACCAGAGUCGUGGACAUCACGGAAGGGUUGGUUUUGCUUGCUGAGCAAGACAGAUACGAACGCGACUCGUUCUUGGUUUGUAAUCCUGUGUUGCAACAGUGGAUCAGAAUCCCUUCACCUCCUUCUGUACUACCUGGUAGGCUCUGGGCAGCAGCUUUAGUGACACACAUGAGCGACGGUGGUGAUCUUUUGGGUUACAAGGUGGUUCGGUUUGAGCAAGAAAAUUUAAAAAGGAGCUUUCAGGUUUAUUCGUCUGAGACUGGGAAUUGGUCUUACCAUGAACAUCCAGUCUUCCAUGGCCUUGGAAACAUUUUUUGUUAUUUUGAAUCCAGACCGAUUAAUUUGAAUGGUUGUCUUCAUUGGCUAUGCAACGAAAGGAGAGUCAUUGUAGCUGAUGAUUUCUAUGCUAAGACCACCCAGGAAGCUCAACAACUUUGUCGUGUUAUAGAUUUACCUUAUCGGUCUUGUAAUAACCCAACCUGCACAGUCUCAUGCGGAUCUCUCAAGUUAAUUGAUAGUGACGGGAGACAACUGAGAGUUUGGAGGCUGGAGAAUCACAAAACCGACCCUUCGUCAAACAAUCAUUGGGAAAUGUUAUGUAACAGAAAAAAACAUUGGGAAUUAUUGUGGAACGUUACGAUUCAUGACGUCCAAGAUCUCUUUGGCUCUGUACCAUUGUCGACGCCAGUGAUGAUGCACCCUUUCGAUAGCGAGGUCAUGUACCUCGUGAGCUCCUACACGUUUGACUUUGCAGGAAAAAAUAAUUAUUAUAUAAUUUCAGGUAAUAUGCGCACAAAGAGGUUCCAACGCCACGAAGCAAUCGACAGAUAUCACGGUUCCCCUUUUUAUCAGUUCGUGCUUCCAGAGAGAAUAGGCACGAUUCCAUGUCCACCUGGUUGCUCUCUUGUUACAGCUUCACACAAGUCUAACACUCAAGCCGAUCAACCAUAG